AUGGCACCCUCGACGAAUCCGCAGCCAAUGUACAUCAAAGAUGAGAGAGUACUCUGCUUCCACGGCGAACUCCUCUACGAGGCCAAAGUCCUCGACAGCAAGAUGAAAGACCCAAACGACAAAAAGGAAGGCUACGUCUACCGUGUUCACUACAAAGGCUGGAAAAACACUUGGGAUGAUUGGGUUCCGCAGGAGCGAGUCCGCAAACUCACAGACGAGAAUAGAGACCUCGCAAGCAAUCUGAGGAAAGACUUGAACACGCAGCAACGCGCGACCAAUGCACGUGGCAGCGAGGAUCGCAGCUCUGCAGUACCACCGCCUCCUCCUCGGGGUACCAAGAGAAGCCGCGAGAUUGAAGGGAUUGACAAGGAGGACGAUUUUGUGCGACGACCAGCGGUGCGACUUUUCAUGCCAGAUUCGCUCAAGUCGAUCCUUGUGGAUGAUUGGGAAAAGGUCACCAAAGACCAGAAGCUCGUGCCUAUGCCGGCUCCAAUUUCCAUCACACAAUUCCUCGACGACUACAACGAAGCGGAAAGCAUCCACAGACGGCCUGGAUCUGCCGAGGCGGACAUCCUUGAAGAGGUCAUCGCUGGCAUCAAGGAGUACUUCAAUAAGUCGCUGGGCCGAAUUCUGCUUUACCGCUUUGAGCGCCAGCAGUUCUACGAAAUCCACAAGCAAGUUGAAUCUGGUCAUGGCGACCACGCAGGCAAGACUCUCUGCGACAUGUACGGGUGCGAGCAUCUACUGAGAUUAUUCGUCUCCAUGCCAGACUUGAUUGCGCACACAAACAUGGACACUCAGGCCGUCGCUCGUCUGCGUGAGGAGCUGGCGAAGCUCACUCAGUGGCUGGCAAAACGCAUCGAUAAGUACUUUUGUGCGGAAUACGAACAUGCUGGGCAAAACUAUCAGGACAUGGCGAAGACAAACACUUGA